GCUAGCCACUGUAAACAAAGCUGAGCCGUCUGCCUCUCUGCAGCAACUAAAACACUAAAAACUGCUUCAUGUGGAGAGAAGAUACAACCACAAACACGUCUACACUGCAGUAAAGGCCCGUCGGUCAGUCCUCCUCUUCCUCCUCUUCCUCCUCCAGCAGCAGCAGUUCAGCCCGGUGCAGCAGCUGCUAUGAUCCGGCCUGCAGUCUAAGGAGGAGGAUAAUGGCUGCAGAGCUGUUUCCCAGUAAGAAGCUGCUACCCUCCAUCCAGCAGUACCAGCAGCAGAACCGGACCAACAACAACACCGCGGCCGCUCAGGGCUGCUGCAACUGGCAGGGCCUGUACCCGACCAUCCGGGAGAGGAAUUCAGUCAUGUUCAACAAUGAGAUGAUGGCAGAUGUUCACUUUGUGGUCGGGCCGCCUGGUGGGACGCAGCGUGUACCGGGACACAAGUACGUUCUGGCCGUCGGCAGCUCCGUCUUCCACGCUAUGUUCUACGGAGAACUGGCCGAGGAUCAGGAGGAGAUCCGGAUCCCUGACGUGGAACCGCCGUCGUUCCUCGCCAUGUUGAAGUACAUCUACUGUGAUGAGAUCGACCUGUGUGCCGACACGGUGCUCGCUACACUCUACGCUGCCAAAAAGUACAUCGUGCCUCACCUGGCCCGAGCCUGCGUCAACUUCCUGGAAACCAGCCUGAGUGCCAAGAACGCCUGCGUGCUUCUGUCCCAGAGUUGCCUGUUCGAGGAGCCUGACCUGACGCAGCGCUGCUGGGAGGUGAUCGACGCCCAGGCGGAGCUGGCGCUGCGCUCCGAGGGGUUCUGCGACAUCGACACGCAGACGUUGGAGAGCAUCCUGCGGCGGGAGACGCUCAACGCCAAAGAGAUGGUGGUGUUCGAGGCGGCGCUGAACUGGGCCGAAGCCGAGUGCCAACGACAAGACCUGUCGCCAACCAUCGAGAACAAGCGUCUGGUGCUGGGGAAGGCCAUCUACCUGAUCCGGAUCCCCACCAUGGCGCUGGAGGACUUCGCCAACGGAGCGGCGCAGUCCGGUGUGUUGACGCUCAACGAGACCAACGACAUCUUCCUGUGGUACACCGCCGCCAAGAAGCCCGACCUGCUGUUCUGCACCAAACCGCGUAAAGGCCUGGCGCCGCAGCGCUGCCACCGCUUCCAGUCCUGCGCCUACAGGAGCAACCAGUGGCGGUACCGAGGACGCUGCGACAGCAUCCAGUUCGCUGUGGACAAACGCGUCUUCAUCGCCGGCUUCGGCUUGUACGGCUCCAGCUGCGGGUCGGCCGAGUACAGCGCCAAGAUCGAGCUGAAGCGGCAGGGCGUGCCGAUGGCCCAGAGGAUCAUCAAGUACUUCUCAGACGGCUCCAGCAACACCUUCCCCGUCUUUUUCGAGUAUCCGGUGCAGAUCGAGCCGGACACCUUCUACACCGCCAGCGUGGUGUUGGACGGCAACGAGCUCAGCUACUUCGGCCAGGAGGGCAUGACAGAGGUGCAGUGUGGGAAAGUGACCUUCCAGUUCCAGUGCUCCUCGGACAGCACCAACGGCACCGGAGUGCAGGGCGGACAGAUCCCGGAGCUCAUCUUCUACGCCUGAACCCCGGCCGGAGGAAACUCGCCGCAGAGAUUUUCCUGCUUCACUGCCAUCAAGACUUUAAAUGUGAAACUGUGGAGACGGAGUUCUCAGGAAGCUGAAGAGAGGGAGACUCCUGAAGUAUCUGCUGAGCCUUCGACGUGUGACUGAAACAAAAAGAGUCAAUCAGAACAAACAGAAGCUGAAUCCUCACAUUCCUUCAUCACCUGUGUUGUUGUUUUUUGUUUGUUUGGAGAAUCAUGUCAACACCGUUCAGAGAGUAUUUUUAUGUUCCUCUUACUGUCAGCAGAUCUUAACACUAUGUUACUCUCAGCUCCGAGCUCAUUGGUUCAUACUGAUGACAUCAAUCUUUAAAAACACUUCACAAAUAUAUAGUUUCACUUUUGACAAUGGUUCAUUAAUUUCCUAAAACAGGUUUUGGGUUUAUUGUAGUUUAGAGAAAAUAACGCAGUGGUUGGGAACUAUUUUCAGCGGUGGAUGAAUCCACAUUUGGUGCUCUAGUGAGUAUUUCUGCUAGCGGUGAGGCUCAUUGACGUGUUUUUAAUAGUAUUUUGUAACAACGAUGGAGGUCUACAGAGGAGUUAGAUAUAUCACAGGCAAUACUUGUUAGUAGAUCAGUUGAAACGUGACAAUAAGAAAUAACUUAGAAUACUAAUUUGCGGCUGUGAGAACGUCUCUGGAUGAAACCGGUGCAGUUGAUCUGUUAGUUUGGUUUAUUUUGAGGCCGACAAAACGUCUUCAAACAAUCCUGAACCCAAAGACAUUCAAUCCUACAAUCAUAUCAAACACGUCAAAUUUUUACAGAGGCUGGAAUAUAUAAAAGUGUCGGUUUGAUGAAUUGAACCAUCGAAUCAUCAAGUAUCAAAUUUGUUGUCGUUAAAUUUAAGUGAUUGACUGACUCUAAUCGUUUCAGUUCAGUUUAAAUCAUUGCGACUCGUAACUAGGGCUGGGUAUCAUUUUUUAAAAACUUACGAUACCAGCACCAAUCC